GGUACUGGCGAGUUCCCUCAAGUGCAACCUUCACCCCUUACUUCGGGCUUUCCUGGCUCUUCAUCGCAAGGAAAAUCUACCGAAGCUAAGCCGGUGAUGUUAAACAUACACCAUGAAUCUCGACCGCUCGAGAGCAAUCAAUCCCAAGAAAAAUGGCAAGCCUUGGAAGAACGCUUGAGAGUUGUCGAAGGGGGAAACAAUUAUGGAUUUGAUGCUUCAGACCUAUGCCUUGUUUCUGAUGUUAUAAUACCUCCGAAAUUCAAAUUGCCUGAAUUCGACAAAUACAAGGGAACUACAUGCCCCAAGAACCAUCUUAUUAUGUAUUGUCGAAAAAUGGGUUUUUGCGCCCAUGACGAAAAACUGCUAAUCCACUUCUUUCAAGACAGUUUGACAGGAGCUUCCCUGAGUUGGUAUAUGCACCUUGAGCGAGCUCAUAUCAGCUCUUGGAAAGAUCUGGUGGAUGCCUUUUUGAAACACUACAAAUAUAAUCUCGACAUGGCUCCUGAUAGAAUCCAGCUGCAAAAUAUGACAAAACGAGGCAAUGAAACAUUCAAGGAAUAUGCCCAACGAUGGAGAGAACUAGCUUCCCAGGUUGAACCCCCCCUAUCUGAAAAAGAAAUGGUGACCAUGUUCAUAAACACUCUUCAACCUCCGUUUUAUGACAAAAUGAUAGGAAGCGUUUCAUCAAAUUUUUCGGAUCUCGUCAUCAUAGGUGAAAGAGUAGAAAUGGGAUUGAAAAGCGGAAAGAUUGCUUAUGGCUAUACCGGAUUAAAUAACACAAAAAAGUUGCCCGCAGGUGCGAAUAAGAAAAAGGAGGAAGAAAGCCAUUUUGUGGCGUCAAACCCAGCUAAUCCUUCUUUCGUGCGUCGCCCUUACGCUGCUGCAACUUCACAAAUCUCAGGUACUCUAAAUCAACACUUACAAGGGAAUCAAGAUUCAUAUGAAAGUCAGGGGAAAAACUAUCGUGGGAGGAAGUUCGUACAUUUCGACCCAAUCCCUAUGACCUAUGCAGAGUUAUUACCGCAUCUGGUUAGCAAUUCUAUGGUUGCACUAUGUCCCGGGAAAACUAUAGAACCACCCUACCCAAAAGGAUAUGACACUCGAAUGCUGUGUGAUUACCACUCUGGGGCUGUAGGACACUCUACUGAAAACUGCUUAGCUUUAAAAUUUAAGGUGCACGAUUUGCUUAAGGCUGGAUGGUUGAAUUUUAAAGAAAACGAGCCUACCGUGAAGAAUAAUCCUCUACCAGUCCAUGGGGGGCCAAUAGUGAAUGCAAUCGAAGAAAAUCACCAAGUAAUAAGGGCGGUCGAGAAAAUUAAGGCCCCGAUGGGACUGAUUUUCUCUGAGUUAUGUAAAUUUGGGUUAAUCCAAGGAAAUGCCGAUGUGAAAGCAAGAUGCAAUUUCCACCUCAAUGAAGAUCAUUCCAUAGAAGAAUGCAACGAGUUCAAAAAAGAACUUCAAAAAUUGAUAAACAUGGGCACCAUUCAAAUAGGUCGUUGGGAAAAGGAUGACGGUAUGAUUGCAACCCAAUCAGAAGAAAAACUUGGCAUAACCAUCCCAAAGCCAUUGGUCAUUCAUUUCACUAAGGAGGAAAGUAUGAAUGCCCCCGGUGAUUUGAGGACCUUAAUAGUUCAGAUACCAAGCCCUUUUUCAUAUAAAGACAACAAAGCCGUACCUUGGAACUAUAAUGUAGAGGUACAUCUAGCUAAACAGAAGGACAAAGAUGUUUCUAGCUCUAAAACCACCGCUGUCACAAACGUUUCAGGAAUAGGAGGAAUGACUAGAAAUGAUCGGAUAUGCUCCCCAGGAAAAUCACAAAGAGAAAUGAGAGUGGUGUUUGAGAAGGCAUACACAGAUAAAGAAGAAAAGAAAGUCGAAAAUGAGAAAGUGGAAAAUGAGGUUUCUAAUGAAGAAGCUCAGGAAUUUCUCAAAAUCAUCAAACAGAGUGAAUACAAAAUAGUCGACCAACUCAACCAUACUCCUACAAGGAUUUCAUUGUUAUCCCUAUUGAUGAAUUAUGAGUCCCACCGGAAGCUAUUGAUGAAAAUACUAAAUGAGGCUCAUGUAACUCACGACAUCACCGUGGACAAAUUUGGAGGCAUCAUAAAUAACAUCACAACCAACAAUCACCUAACUUUCACAGAUGAUGAGUUGCCGACCGAAGGGAGAGGGCAUAAUAAAGCACUACACAUAUCAGUAAUGUGCAUCGACCAUAUAAUUUCAAGAGUCCUCAUUGACAAUGGCUCCUCACUGAAUGUCAUAUCCAAAUCAACAUUAGCAAAACUACCUUGUGAUGGUACAUAUAUGAGACCAAGUCCCAUGGUUGUUAGAGCUUUCGACGGGAGUCGCAGAGAAGUAAUGGGGGAAAUCGAUCUCCCAAUUCAAAUAGGCCCGGUCACAUUCGAAAUCACGUUUCACGUGAUGGAUAUUGUACCCGCUUAUAGUUGCUUAUUGGGGAGGCCAUGGAUCCAUUCUGCCGGCGUAGUGCCAUCAACCUUACACCAAAAGCUGAAGUAUAUGAUAAAUGACCAAUUGGUAAUCGUAUCAGGAAAAGGAGAUUUGUUGGUGAGUAAUUUGUCCACCACACCUUAUGUUGAGACAACAAAAGACGCUUUAGAAACCGCCUUCCAAACACUAGAAAUCGUGGACACCGCUUAUGUCGAAACGACACCUAUAGAACCACAUAUGUCCAACACUGCUAUUAUGGUGGCUAAGUUCAUGUUGAGUAGAGGACACCAUCCGUGGCACGGGUUGGGGAAGGAUGAAGAAGGGCUCAAAGAACCGGUGGAACUUCCUGAAAAUAGAGAUAAGUGGGGUUUAGGUUACAAACCCACCAGGGAUGACAAACGGAGAUUGGUCAAAGAGAAAAAAGAAAAAAGAUUAGCUCGAAUUGAAAAUCGAGAGCCAAGAAUCGAAAGGAUUCCCAUCUGUGACAUCCGACGGAGUUUCCAAAGUGCAAGACCAACAAGUGAAAUCCAUAUUGCGGCAGCUGAAGAUGACAUGUUUGAUGGGGAUGCCAAUUGGAUUCGCCCGUGUGGUGUAGGGAUGCAUUCUCAUUUUGUUUUCUUAUUGUUCUUUCUUAUCACUUUCAUAUGUGUAUAUUCAUUCGCCAUUUUUUUUUAUUUCUUUUUUUAUUUUUUUUCUCUUCUCCUUCUUUCUCCUUAUCCUAGCCUUGAAUCCUGCAGAUUUGGGAAUAGUUCAUUCACAGACGACUGUACUAAGAUCUCGUUGCAUAAUCUUAACCAUCUUGUUAGUCAAACAGAAAAAGAUAAUGAAGAAGAUUAUGAACCCCCUCUAGAUUUGUUAAGAGCGGUAGAACGGGAAACUCAGGGUAUCAUGCCCUUUGAGGAACCGAUAGAAAUUGUUAAUCUAGGGACUGAAGAAGGAAGGAAAGAAAUUAAGGUUGGCACCAUCUUAAAGAAAGAAGUAUAUCACAAACUAAUCCAACUCUUACAUGAAUACAAAGAUGUUUUUGCCUGGUCGUAUCAGGAUAUGCCUGGAUUGGAUACUAGCAUAGUGGAGCAUAGAUUGCCCUUAAAACCCGAUUCUUCUCCGGUGAAACAAAAAUUAAGGCGAAUGAAGCCUGAUAUGUCAUUAAAAAUCAGGGAAGAAAUACAAAAACAAUUUGACGCAGGAUUCCUCGCUGUGGCAAAUUAUCCCCAAUUGAUAGCCAAUAUUGUACCAGUGCCAAAAAAGGAUGGCAAAGUACGAAUGUGUGUCGAUUAUAGGGACCUUAAUAAAGCUAGUCCUAAAGAUGAUUUCCCGUUACCUCACAUCGAUAUUUUGGUUGAUAAUACGGCUCGCCAUUCACUCUUCUCUUUUAUGGAUGGUUUCUCUGGGUAUAAUCAAAUUAAGAUGGCAGCUGAAGAUAUGGAAAAAACGACUUUCACCACUCCUUGGGGAACGUUUUGUUACAAAGUAAUGCCUUUUGGUCUGAAGAACGCUGGAGCGACCUACCAAAGAGCUAUGGUAACCCUAUUCCAUGACAUGAUUCAUAAAGAGGUCGAAGUUUAUGUAGACGACAUGAUCGCUAAGUCACAAACAGAAGAAGAACAUAUUAUUGAUCUAAAGAAACUCUUCAAAAGACUUAGAAAGUUUAAGCUAAAGCUCAACCCCUCCAAAUGCACUUUUGGGGUGAGAUCGGGCAAAGUAUUGGGAUUUGUAGUUAGUCAGAGAGGAAUAGAGGUUGAUCCCGAUAAGAUUCGAGCCAUUGCAGAAAUGCCUCCCCCGAGUACAGAAAAAGAAGUUCGCGGUUUUCUUGGGAGACUAAAUUAUAUUUCAAGAUUUAUAUCACAACUAACUGCUACUUGUGAACCGAUAUUUAAACUUUUACGGAAAAAUCAAACAGUUGUGUGGAACCAAGAAUGUCAAAAGGCAUUUGAAAAAAUCCGACAGUAUUUGCAAAAUCCUCCAAUUCUAGCCCCACCAGUUCUGGGCCGACCCUUGAUUAUGUAUCUUACAGUCCUCGACGGGGCCAUGGGAUGCGUACUGGGGCAACAUGAUGAAACAGGAAAAAAGGAGCAUGCCAUUUAUUAUCUAAGUAAAAAAUUUACAGAUGCUGAAACAAGAUAUACAAUGUUAGAACGUACUUGUUGUGCCUUAGCAUGGGCGGCUCAUCGCUUGAGGCAAUACAUGCUUUGCCAUACAACUUAUUUGAUAUCCAAAAUGGAUCCAAUCAAGUACAUUUUUGAAAAGCCCGCUCUCACAAGGCGAAUUGCUCGAUGGCAGGUGAUGUUAUCAGAAUAUGAUAUUACAUAUGUUACUCAGAAAGCCAUCAAAGGGAGUGCCUUAGCAGAUUAUCUAGCUAAUCAACCUGUUGAUGAUUAUAAAUCAAUGCAAUGUGAAUUCCCAGACGAAAGUAUCAUGGUUUUGUCUGAAGAAUAUGAUGAUGGAAAAUGGACCUUGUUGUUCGACGGGACCUCAAACAUAAUGGGGCAUGGGAUUGGGGUUGUUUUAAUAUCUCCAAAAAAGAAGUUCAUACCUAUCACGGCGCGAUUGUGUUUUGAUUGUACCAAUAAUAUGGCAGAAUAUGAAGCUUGCGCCAUGGGAGUUUUGGAGGCUUUGGAAUCAAAAGCAAAAGUUCUAGAAGUAUAUGGAGAUUCAGCCCUAGUCAUUAAUCAGCUUAACCAAGAAUGGGAAACUCGAGAUAAGAAGUUAAUACCUUAUUUUACCUACAUAAAAGAAUUGUCUUUAGAAUUUGACAAAAUCACGUUUCACCAUGUCCCUCGAGAAGACAAUCAAUUGGCUGAUGCUUUGGCUACUUUAUCAUCUAUGUUCCAAAUAAAUCGAAACGAUGAAAUCCCAUCAAUUAAAAUGGAGAGUCGAGAUUAUCCAGCCUACUGCCAUGUCAUGGAAGAAGAAACUGACGGAAAACCGUGGUAUCACGACAUCAAACAUUAUCUUAUAAAUAGAGAAUAUCCUCCCGGAAUAUCGGAGAAUGAGAAAAGAACUUUGAGACGGUUAUCCGCGAGCUUUUUUGUGAACGAAAAUAUUUUGUAUAAGAGGAAUCACGAUAUGGUACUCCUCAGAUGUGUUGAUGUUAAUGAGGCGAAGGAAAUUCUACAAGAUAUCCACGAUGGCUCUUAUGGGAUCCAUAUGAAUGGACACGCCAUGUCUAGAAAGAUUCUUCGGGCCGGAUAUUAUUGGCUCACCCUAGAAAAAGAUUGUUAUAAUUAUGUAAAGAAAUGUUAUAAAUGUCAAAUAUAUGCUGAUAAUAUCCACGCCCCACCAGUGCCCCUGAACACCCUUUCAGCGCCCUGGCCAUUCUCAAUGUGGGGCAUAGACGUCAUCGGAAUGAUCGAACCGAAAGCAUCAAAUGGACAUCGCUUCAUCUUGGUGGCAAUUGAUUACUUUACCAAGUGGGUAGAGGCAGCUUCAUACGCCAAUGUAACCAAAAAUGUGGUAGUCAAAUUUAUAAAAAGGGAAUUAAUAUGUCGUUAUGGUCUACCAAGCAAGAUCAUUACUGACAAUGCCACAAAUCUAAAUAACAAAAUGAUGGAUGAAUUGUGUGCCACCUUUAAAAUUCAACACCACAAUUCGUCCCCGUACAGACCAAAAAUGAAUGGUGCAGUUGAAGCGGCAAAUAAAAACAUCAAAAAAAUUAUUCAGAAAAUGGUUAUAACAUACAAAGAUUGGCAUGAGAUGUUGCCAUUUGCACUACAUGGGUAUCGUACUUCGGUACGCACUUCAACUGGGGCAACCCCUUUUUCCUUAGUAUAUGGGAUGGAGGCUGUGCUACCUAUUGAAGUAGAAAUCCCCUCGCUCAGAGUAUUAAUGGAAGCUGAACUAGAGGAGUCGGAAUGGAUACAAACGUGUUUUUAUCAAUUGAAUUUGAUUGAAGAAAAAAGGUUGGCGGCCUUAUGUCAUGGGCAAUUAUAUCAGAAAAGACUGAAGAAAGCGUAUGAGAAAAAAAUACGUCCUCGAGAAUUCCAAGAAGGUGAUCUGGUGCUGAAAAAAAUCUUACCCAUUCAAAAGGAUUAUCGUGGGAAAUGGACUCCUAACUAUGAGGGACCAUACGUCGUGAAGAAAGCUUUCUCAGGUGGAGCUUUGAUCCUUACGAAUAUGGAUGGAAAAGAUUUAGCUCUUCCUGUAAACUCAGACGCCGUAAAAAAUUAUUAUGCUUAA